UUGGCCUGAUUUAAGUACGAAGUUGCUGAAAUUUGAUGUCGUAAACAUUACGACAUCAAAAAAUGUAAAUAAAGGUAAUGGUUGACUUCUCCGGCUUUUUGUAUAUGUUUCUCAGCAUAACCCAAAUUGCAGCAUUUUUAGUUUAGGUUCCUAAAAAUUCAUUAUAGUUUUACAAAUUGUUCUAUAUUGCAAUCAGUAUGAAGAAUAGAUUCAGCACUAUUGACAUUAUUGCCAUUGUUUCUGAAUUACAGAAACAUAUUGGUAUGCGAGUUAAUCAAGUGUAUGAUAUAGAUAACAAAACAUAUUUAAUUCGCUUGAAUCGUUAUGAAGAAAAAGUUGUUCUCUUACUUGAAUCGGGUAUUCGAAUACACACCACUGAAUAUGAGUGGCCAAAAAAUCCUUCUCCUUCAGGAUUUUCGAUGAAAUUCAGGAAACACAUCAAAAAUAAAAGGCUAGAAAGUAUCAAGCAGUUGGGAACUGAUCGAAUUGUUGAUUUACAAUUUGGUAUCAAUGAGGCCGCAUACCAUAUUAUCUUAGAAUUAUAUGACAGAGGUAAUAUAGUUUUGACUGAUUACGAAUAUACUAUUUUGAAUAUUCUCAGGCCUAGAGCUUCUGGGAGUGAAGAUGUAAAAUUUAUAGUUCGGGAGAAAUAUCCUGUUGACCAUGCCCGAAUGUCGACAGUUGGCUUUAACAAAGAUGAAAUCUGUCUUGCUUUAAACAGUGCUAAAGAUGGCGAAAAUUUAAAAAAAAUUUUAAUGCCUCGUGUUGUAUAUGGCCCUGCCCUCUUAGAUCAUGUUCUUCUUAAAAAUAAUUUCGGGAAAAAUUGUUUAAUAAACAAGCAAUUCAAAGUUCCAGAAGAUAUUCCGAAAUUGUUUCAUUCUUUGGAAGAGGCUGAUAAGUUGAUGAAAGAUUUGGCCAAAAAUUGUAGUGGAUAUGUGUUUCACAAAAUUGAAAAAAAUAAUAUUGACGCUAAAGAGAUUAUUGCCAAUGUUGAAUUCCAUCCUUAUCUCUUUCAUCAGUUUUCUGAGUUGAAAUAUACUCAAUACCCCACUUUCGACAAAGCGGUUGAUAAUUAUUUCUCUAGCAUGGAAGGUCAAAAAAUAGAUUUGAAAGCUCUUCAGAAAGAAAAAGAAGCAUUGAAAAAAUUAGCGAAUGUUAAGAAAGAUCACGAGCAAAGGCUUUCAAAAUUGCAUGAGAGUCAAGCUGUUGAUAUUGAAAAAGCUCAGCUUAUUGAAAUGAAUUUAGAUCUUGUUGAUAAGGCAAUUACAGUUAUAAGAAGUGCUAUUGCUAACCAAAUCAGUUGGUCUCAUAUUCAGGAUUUAAUUAAAGAAGCUCAAUUCGAAGGUGAUCCAGUGGCAUCAGCUAUUAAAAAAUUAAAGUUGGAUAUAAAUCAUUUCACAAUACUUCUUUCUAAUCCACAUUUCGAUAGUGACGAUGAAGAAUCCAAGCCACAAUUGGUCGAUAUUGACUUGGAUUUUUCAGCCUAUGCAAAUGCCAGGAAAUAUUACGACAUGAAACGAGCUCACUCCAAGAAAGAGCAGAAAACGAUCGAGUCGUCUGAAAAAGCUUUCAAAAAUGCUGAAAAGAAAACUAAACAGGCAUUGAAAGAAGUGGCUGUUACAACAAGUAUUACUAAAGCUAGGAAAGUCAUGUGGUUUGAAAAGUUUUUGUGGUUUAUAAGUUCUGAAAAUUAUCUGGUAAUAGCAGGGCGAGAUGUGCAGCAAAAUGAGCUCUUGGUGAAAAGAUAUUUGAAAGCAAAUGAUUUAUAUGUUCACGCAGAUUUGCAUGGUGCUAGUAGUGUUGUGAUUAAAAAUCCUGAAGGUGGUGAUGUUUCUCCAAAAACCUUAAAUGAAGCUGGAAUAAUGGCAGUUUGUAAUAGUUCAGCAUGGGAUGCAAAGGUCGUUACUAGCGCAUGGUGGGUUUAUGCUAACCAGGUCUCAAAAACAGCUCCAACUGGUGAAUAUCUCACUACAGGAAGUUUUAUGAUUCGUGGAAAGAAAAACUAUUUAACUCCUGCAUAUCUUAUUAUGGGCUUUGGUUUCAUGUUCAAGUUAGAUGAAGAGAGUAUACAGAAUCACGUCAACGAGCGGAGCAGCAAAGUUGAAGGUAAUCAGAUUGAGUUUAAUAAUGCGGACCAAAACGAGGAAGAUCUAAAUGAUGACUCGGAGCACGACAGUGUUUCUGAUGAUGAUGAUACUAAAGAUGCUGAUGAUGAUACUGGGGGUGUAAAGACGCUUGAUAAUCAGUUGUCUGUAGAGGAAAAUGCGGUUGAUUCUGAAGAAGAUAAAGGAGGUAUAUAUUUUCCUGAUACUGAAGUUAAGAUAAAUGUUCUUUCUGAAACUACUGAGGAGAAUGAUUCCAAAGAAAUUAAGAGCAAUUCUGAAAACUUGAUAAUCCAGCAUACAAAAAAAGCUCCUUCAAACAAUCAAAAGGAGGACAAAAAUAUCCCAACUGAGCCAGCCAAAAAUAAACUAACUGCCCCCAAAAGAGGACAGCGCGGUAAGUUGAAGAAAAUAAAAGAAAAAUAUAAAGAUCAGGACGAAGAAGAGCGGGAAUUGCGAAUGAGAAUAUUAGGUUCUGCUGGGCCGACUAAGGAGCAUAAGAAAAAUAAGAAAGGCAAAGAGGUGAAGCACCAACCGCAACAAAUGAAGAAUCCAAAGAAAUCUGUUACUAUUAUUGAAGCUCCUUUGGAAAAUACAAUCGUGGAAGUAAAACCCGUUGAAGAAGAAAAGAGUGCAACGACAAUACAAAAUGAUGCUUCAGAUGAGGAGGAUGAAGAAUCAACUUCUGAUGAAUUUAAAGUGCUCAAUUCUUUAACUGGAUGCCCGACUCCUGAUGAUAUCUUACUGUUUUCUGUUCCUGUUUGUGCCCCUUAUUCUUCUAUGUUGAACUAUAAGUAUAAACUUAAAAUUAUACCAGGAAGUAGCAGGAGAGGUAAAGCUGCUAAGACUGCUUUGCAAAUCUUUUUGCAGGAAAAGUCAGCCACUCAGAGAGAAAAAGAUUUAUUAAAGAGUGUGAAAGAUCAGGACAUAUCUAGAAAUCUUCCUGGAAAGAUUAAAAUUUCUGCUGCUAGCUAUAAAAAGAAAUAACAUGUUUUUGAAAAUGUUUUGAUACUAUGAUGUGAUGAAAUUGUUUUGUUAUUUGUAUAAUAAUAAUUUUUUUUUAAGUUGACUUUUUAACUUUCCUGAUGAAAUCUUCCUAAUGUUUGCUCAAUUUUGGCAAUGUUAAAUCAGUUUAUAAUUUUUUUCUCUUUUUCUUAUUAUUUUUUAAAGUCAAGAGUUUUAAGCUCUCACUUUUUAUAGUAGUUAAAAGUGAGGAGUUUAACUAUAAAAAGGAUAUUUUCAAUAUUGAAUUGUUUGUAUUCAUAAAAAAUGAUAAGUAUGAUACACUGAAAUUAUUUCUUUAGAAGACUUUAAAUAACCUAAACAUAAAUUUGAAGCGAUAUUUUUAUUUAACUACUUGGCUCUAAAGAAUUAAUUCAUGGACACAAAAAAAGAAAGAAAAGCUAUUAUUUAUAUCUAUUCUUAUGAUGUGCCCAAUUGAGUCCUCAAAAUUUAUGUAUGAAGUUCAGAAACAUGCUUUAAAUAUUUCAGAUUUGCUGGACCGUCAUUCGACUAUAUCCUUAUUGACAACUAAAUAGAAAAACCAUUGUUUUGUAAUUAAUGGUUAUGGAUUUUUCAAGAAGUUUAAUAAUCAAUUUUUAUCUAAUGAAUUAGAAAGAAUCAGAAUUAUUUUAGAAUUGUUUAUCACAUUUGAAAGAAUCACAGCAAAAUGUUUGAUAUUGUAUUUCUGGCUCAUUAAAAAAUAAGAACUCUUAUUUUUAUGCUGUUUGGUUCAUUGUAAACUUUCGUUUGUUUGAAACUUCAAUAAUUCUGCUUACUUUAUUGGGACAGAAUUAGUACAUGUCUUCAGCUGUAUUUUGUUUGAUGUUUGCUUCAGAACCUAUCAGCAUAAAGUUUCUCAUAAUAGAUAAUAAAAUUUGAAAUUUUA